UGAGGUCGGCGAGGUCAAUUAACAACUACGACUCCCACAAUGCCUAUCGGUAUUGUCGUUACCGCAUUUAUUUUUGGGAAGACUGUAUCGUGUGAGAGCGGUAUUUGUAAAGAUUAAUGAUUAUAUUAAUACGUUUUAAUUGAUUAAAAAAGCGGAACCCGAGGACAGGGUUGAGAAGUGAAAAUGACGACAGGGGCAGAUGUUCGAGAUAUCCUGGAGCUGGGGGGUGGGGAAAUGGAUGCUGGACCAAUCAGUAAAAAAGACAUUAUCAACUCAGAUAAGAAAAAGUCCAAGAAAUCUGCAGAAACUUUGACGUUUAAAAGACCUGAGGGGAUGCACAGAGAGGUCUACGCACUGCUCUACUCUGACAAAAAAGAUGCCCCCCCAUUACUGCCCAGUGACACGACUCAGGGUUAUCGGACAGUCAAAGCCAAGCUGGGCUGUAAGAAGGUGCGCCCCUGGAAAUGGAUGCCUUUCACAAACCCGGCCAGGAGGGACGGAGCCAUAUUUUACCACUGGAGGCGCAUGGCAGAGGAAGGCAAGGAUUAUCCCUUUGCCAGGUUUAAUAAGACAGUGCAGGUGCCUGUGUACUCUGAGCAGGAGUACCAAAUGUACCUUCCUGAUGAAGGAUGGACUAAAGCUGAAACGGAUCACCUCUUUGACCUCUGCAAGCGCUUUGAUCUGCGAUUCAUUGUCAUCCAUGACCGCUAUGACCACCAGCAGUUCAGGAAACGCUCUGUUGAAGACCUGAAGGAACGCUACUACAAUAUCUGUGCCAAACUCACCAAGAUCCGCGCUCCUUCCGGAACUGACCCCAAAAUCUACGUGUUCGACGCUGGCCAUGAGAGGCGGAGGAAAGAUCAGCUGGAAAGACUGUACAACCGCACACCUGAACAGGUGACAGAAGAGGAGUAUCUGAUACAGGAGUUACGGAAGAUUGAAACCAGGAAGAAGGAGAGGGAGAAGAAAGCUCAGGAUCUGCAGAAACUCAUCACAGCCGCUGACAGCACCACUGAAAUGCGUCGGGCAGAACGCAAAGCCACCAAGAAGAAACUUCCACAAAAACGAGAAACUGAAAAACCGUCUGUUCCUGAGACCGCAGGCAUCAAGUUCCCAGACUUCAAAUCGGCAGGUGUCACUUUGCGAAGCCAAAGGAUGAAACUGCCAAGCUCUGUGGGACAGAAGAAGAUUAAAGCCAUCGAGCAGAUUCUAACAGAACAGGGAGUCGAUCUGAAUCCGAUGCCAACAGAGGAGAUUGUGCAGAUGUUCAACGAGCUGCGCAGUGACCUGGUGCUGGUUUACGAGUUAAAGCAGGCCCACGGCAACUGCGAGUACGAGCAACAGAUGCUGAGGCACCGCUAUGAUGCGCUGGUCAAGGCGGGCGGGGCCAGCACAGCCACGGGGGAUAGCCUCGGGGCUGAUGGACAGCUGGGGGUGGGGCCUGAUGACAUCAAGGGGGAGGGGAAAGAUCAAAUAAUCGAUGUGGUGGGGGCGCCGCUGACGCCAAAUUCGCGGAAAAGAAGAGAAUCAGCUUCCAGUUCCUCCUCCAUAAAGAAAGCCAAGAAACUGUGAUUCAGAUUUUUAUUUGGGGAGGAUCAGGCGGAUCCAGGGGCAGGAACCACACAGGUUGUGGCUAAAGCAUUGAAACCCAUGACCCCCAGUUUUCUUGCAGCUGUGUUGGGGCACCCCAUCCACCAAGAAGAGGGCAAGGUGAGGGACACAGUGAUACCCCACUGGGGAGCCAGCUGCUGCCCCACCCGCCCGCCUGCCUCCAACCUGAGACGAGGAGCUGACCAGGACUCAUGACUCUGCAGAAACGGACACUGUCUGCACUUCCUAAAUCGAUCAAACCAGGAGAGCAGCGGCAAAGAGACUUAAAAGCCAGAUGUGCACUGACUGACACAGUUGUCUAUUCUUUUUCCAUUCACACAUGAAGUGUAGCCAACAUGGAAGCCUAUCGCAACAUCCCUUUUUUCUUUUUUAAAACAGCAAAUAGGCUAACUAAAUGGUCAAGUUUGCAGGUGAUAUAGAUAUUUGUAGCUAUUUAUUUGGGCCCACCUUCUAUUGCAGCGGUCCACAUACCCUCCUGGAGCAGCUAUGGGUUUACCGCACUCUGUUGGUUCUAGAUUUAGGAUCAUAUUUUUAUAUGGUGUACACAUUAUUUAACCAUAAACUAAACUAGUUUCACAACUAUUGUUAAGACCAGGAUGUGACUCUGUCUGCAAGUGCGUGGUUUAUGUAGGAUUCAGUAUGUUCACUUAUGUCCAGACAAAACUACCUCCUGUUAAAUCUACACAUUUACUUGUUUUUUACAACCCUACCCCCCCUUGCAUAUUAACGUGUCCAUUCUUUCUCCAGCUCUGUUGUUGGAGGAACUGUCAUGUGAAGGGAUUCUUAAUCUGCUUUUGGGGGGGGGGGGGGGGAUUUCUAAAUAAAUGUGUGUGGCUGUAUAAAUCAACAUUAUUUUUCUUACUGAUGGCUUUUUUUUUUUUUUUUUUUUUGAGCUAGUAAAUAUAGGAUUAUACAUGAGAGGGCACUAAGAACUUGCAGAAUACGUGGAAUUCAAGAUACUGUUCGUCCACAGACAGGAAAUAAGUAACUGGAAUGGCUUUUGUGCAUAAUGUCCCAACAAGCAUUUUGCUUCCAUAUAUUCAGAGAGUAGAUUGUGACCAAUGUGGAAUUUACUAUACUCAAUAACAAAAGCCUGGUGUACACUUUAGUUCAUGCUGUAAGUUUGUAGAACCUGGGGGACAAUCCAUUUAUAGAAAGCAAAAGAAAAUAUUUUACAUUAUGUGUAUUGAAUUCUUCUGGUUUCCUGUACAGUAGCCUUGUGUGAAGUCUGCUCUUCAGUGGCGUGCUGAAAACAAUAUUUUGACUAAAGUUUGGCACCCCAGAGGAAGUAUGUGCUACGCAGAAAUACAUUUCAGCCGUAAUGUUUACUUUUGUACCUAACUGAUUUUUUGUGUGUGUACAUUUCCCUUCAAAAUACCAAAAAAAAAAAAAAAAAAUGUGCUGAUUAAUUGGGUUUAUUUCCUUACUAUCUGCCACUUGGGGUUAAAAAGACGAGGGAGAGCUGGAGGGGGGAGCGCACAGUUUGUCAUGUCUCAAUGGUGCCGAUGCUCUUGCUGUCAGUGUUUUUACUGCCUGCAGCCAUUAAGGCCCUGACAUGGUUAAUGCUGAUUGCGCGGCGCACUGCGAGGGGGCUGACACUAACGGCUCGGUGAGUGACGGAGAUGAUGUUAAUGAGCUCUGUGAAUUACUUCAUUUGGGGCCCUUGUUUACGGCACGGCGGCGCGUGGAGCUGCACUAAACCCGCCCCGGUGAUAAAACAUCCAGGGGACAUUAUCGUUAACAUCAGUGCGAGGGAAGAACUGCUGCACGUUGAUUUGAAAGGGUGAAGAAUUGUUAGCUUGGUAACUCUUGAGGAGAACUACUGUACAUGGGAGCUUACAAAUCAAGACAGUUUUAUGUGUUUUUUUGUUACUGCUUUCACUGUUUAAAAAACAAAGUAUGUAAAUUAGACUUCCUUACUAAAGCAGUUUUAGCCAUACAAUUAGAUGCCCCUAGGUUCUGGUUUGACUAGUUAGCUAGAAGUAAAGCAUGGCAUGGCAAAACUGCUAUGCAAUGGUAGUCUUUAUUCUCAAUGGUAUGUAGAAGUUUUCAUCUCCAGACGGCAGUUUGAUUCCUGCACUUGUUACUAGUCGUCAUUUAUUUUCAUCUGCUAACUGGAGUCUGUUGUGUUGUGAAGUGAGUUCUGUUGAAUGUCAGCCCUGUCACUGAAGCAUGCCAAUGAUUAGAUGGUGCCUGGAGACUGGACAUGGAGGAUCCUAUCUAUUCUGUAUGCGUAGAAAUGAGACUAUUUCAAGGCAUACAAACUAAAGUUUUUAAAUUGGGUAGAUAUUAUUCUGAUACAAAAAAAAGACUAAAUACUGUAUCUUAUAGGCUACAUAGGGUAUGAAGCCAUGGCAAUGAAUGAUGGCACCAGCUCUAGCAGUACAUAAGGGGACACAGCAUCUUGCUGGACUCCUAUCAUUGUGCUUCAUUAAAAUGCUAGACAGGUUUUUUUUUUUUUUUUUCUUCAUCUGCAUUCUUUCUGGCCAUUGUGAAGUGACCAGUCUCUUGAAAAUUUCUAAUUGCAAGUCAAUUAUGUCAUUGAGCCCAUUUUGAUAUUCAUUUCUAUGCAAAUGAGCACUGCAAAAAAAAAAAAAAAAAAAAUUAACCAUUGCAAAUGGAAACAAUUUUUUAUCGUUCUUAAUCAGUUAUAUUAAACAUAAGGCCUGCUUUUGACUAAGAAUUUUGCAAUUUCUGGUUAUAUUGAUACCUAAUCAUAGUAGAGUAUAAAACUAUUGAUGCAAUCGUUUUUAUACUGUUGUUUUGAUAACAUAAUCGGUAGUUUGUAUUUGUUGAAAGGGAAUUCAGUUUCUGAUUUGUAAUAUGUGUUAUACCAGUUAGUCAUGAGCACCUUUCACUGUACAACAGGGAAAAUAAAUAAUUACUCAUUUUGAUAAA